UUACCAGUGAAUGUUGAUAUCAUAAAGCAUCCACGAGAGAAGAAUGCGAAGAGUACAGCGCUUCAGUGCCUUCUGAUUGCACCCGAAUCCACUCGAAUCUUCGACAUGCCUGAUGUUCAUGAUUAUCGUUGUGAUAAUCCGAGAACAAAUACGGUAUCUUCGGUUAAAUUAUACAAUCGAUCUUUCUAA